CGUCAUUACAUUUAAAACCCUAGUCUCUUCAUUUCGGUGCUCCCAUUUAUACUCAUACUCAUUUUCAGUCACCUCAGUUUACUUCCCUACUUCGCGAUCUGGUCAUCUUCUAGUUUGCAAUCAUGGCCGAUGGACCACAAUAUCCAUCAGUUGCUCAGAAGUUAGGUGGGCAUUCUUAUUUGGUGUCCAGACUUAGCCCCAACUUGAACUCCAGGAGUUACUCUACAUCUGGUACUUUUGCCUAUGGAGGAUUACAGAAUUCUGGUCUGGCGAUUGGGUCACCUCUAUCGUCCAUUAUGGUGCCUGCUCCAUCAGAGAAAGGAGCAGCUGGGUUUUUGGUAGAUUUUCUGAUGGGAGGAGUGUCUGCUGCUGUAUCAAAGACAGCCGCUGCUCCUAUUGAACGAGUUAAAUUACUUAUCCAAAACCAGGAUGAAAUGCUCAAAAGUGGCAGGUUAUCUGAGCCAUAUAAGGGAAUUGGUGAUUGUUUUGCUCGAACCAUGAAAGAUGAGGGUGUAAUUGCUCUGUGGAGAGGCAAUACUGCUAAUGUUAUCAGAUAUUUCCCUACUCAGGCUCUGAACUUUGCAUUUAAGGAUUACUUCAAGAGGCUUUUCAACUUUAAAAAAGACAGAGAUGGCUAUUGGAAGUGGUUUGCUGGGAAUUUAGCAUCUGGUGGGGCUGCUGGGGCUUCCUCACUCUUAUUUGUCUAUUCUUUGGAUUAUGCCCGUACCCGUUUGGCAAAUGAUGCAAAGGCUGCAAAGAAGGGUGGUGAGAGGCAGUUUAAUGGAAUGGUUGAUGUUUACAGGAAGACCUUACAGUCUGAUGGCAUUGCUGGCCUUUAUCGUGGAUUCAACAUCUCUUGUGUUGGAAUUAUAGUGUAUCGCGGUCUUUACUUUGGAAUGUAUGAUUCUCUGAAACCAGUUGUUUUGGUUGGUGGUAUGCAGGAUAGUUUCUUUGCUAGUUUCCUUUUGGGAUGGGCAAUCACAAUUGGUGCUGGUUUGGCUUCUUAUCCCAUUGAUACUGUGCGUAGAAGAAUGAUGAUGACUUCCGGAGAAGCUGUGAAGUACAAGAGCUCUUUGCAUGCAUUUCAAACAAUUGUUGCAAAAGAGGGUACUAAAUCUCUUUUCAAAGGUGCUGGUGCAAACAUAUUGCGUGCUGUUGCAGGUGCUGGUGUGCUUGCUGGUUAUGACAAGCUGCAGCUGGUCUUGUUUGGAAAGAAAUAUGGUUCUGGCGGCGGCUAAACGCUAAAUGAUGACGAUAAUUACUUGGAAAUACUUGUGUUUGUUCCCUUUUGAUUUGGAUAAUUUUGGAUCAACAAGUGGUAUUAAUGUUUUCCAGAAUUUAGGGCCUUUCAAUUUAGUGAUUAUAGUUUUGUAUUUGGUUGUUACAGUCAUGAGCUUAUUAUAGGCCUUGCAGUUUGAGACCACCUUUUGGUUCUAUAAUGAAGACUUGUUUUGAUUGCUAA